GCAAGAGCUCACAGCACAAACGUGUCUCUGUUAUUUCUCUGCAGUGUUAGACAUUCAACUUGCCCCUCUGGGUUUCUUUGGCCUAGAGUGGGUAACAAUUUGGGGGCUCGUCCGGGAUUAGCGCCACCUACUGUUUGGGUGCUAAUCUAAAAAAAAAAAAAGAAGAACCACAGAAAAGCAGUUUCGGUCCAGAUUGGUGAGCUGAACGAGCAGGUUCCAGUGAUGGCAACCCUUCGAGAACUACGCUGGGAUAUUGAGAAACAGCUCCAUUUGCUGGUUGGCGAGUUGAAACACCAGGUGCUGUACGGAGUAGCUGAAUUCUGCCAGAAGGAGGGAGGAGAGGCGUUGCCAAGCGUGGCUGCUACAGAGGUGGACCUCUAUGACUUCAUCGUUGACUUUCUGCGUGGAGAGCAUUUGCAGAGUCUGGAGGACGAAGGGAUGUCCUGCUUGCUUACGCUCCGAGACCUCAUCGAUGAGCUGAAUGCUCCAGAGAAAGAGUUACCUUCUGCUGUAGAAGAGGAUCCAGAGACUGUUACAGCUAAAUCACCUUCAGCAUCGACACCGACUUCUGCAAAGGUUCAGGGGUUGGAGAAACACUAUAAAGAAGUUCUAAAUGUGUCGUGUGCUGAUUUCCACACAAUGGGAUUAAAACCCAUCACCUUCUUUCGUCAGGUCCUGGCCACUUGUUUCUACCCCUCCCUCCUAAAUGAUGAGAGUUUACCCUUGGAUGCCAGACAGAGAGCAGAAAGGAUUCUGAGAAAUUGUGAUGGAGGGAGCAUAGGAUCAUACACUCCUAUAAGUGGGAUUAAAGAAAUCCAGGCCUCCAUAUGUAAAUAUAUCACCAAACGCGAUGGUGUUAUUCCUGAUCCUGACAACAUCUACAUCACAAGCGGAUCCCAGAUGUCCCUCAUAAUGGUACUGAAGCUGCUGAUUCAGAGUGAGGGUUCUCUGAAGACUGGGGUUCUUACUCCUGUACCGUCUCACUCCGCCUUUAACAUGGCAGUGGCUGCUCAGGGGGGACUUGUGGUGCCUUACUACCUGUGUGAGGAACAGGGAUGGGCAGUGCAGAUUGAAGAAAUUUGCAGAGCCCUGCACAUGGCCAGGGGGAGAUGCAACCCGACUGUGUUAUACGUCAUCAAUCCAGGAAGUCCAACAGGUCACGUGCAAAGUAAGGAUUCGAUUGCUGAAGUGAUUCGCUUUGCUGCAGAAGAAAAGCUCUUCUUAAUGGUAGAUGAGGUACAUCAGGACAAUGUGUAUGGGAAAGGAAUUGAGUUUUAUUCAUAUAGGAGAGUGCUUUCUGAAAUAGGGCUCCCAUACUCCAGCAGCGUGGAGCUUGCCUCUUUUAACUCCGUCUCCAAGAGUGUCAUGGGAGAGUGUGGUCUGCGUGGAGGCUAUUUGGAGUUUGUGAACCUUGACCCUUUAGUGAUUCCACACAUCUACACAUUCUUCUGCACAAUUCCUUGUGGACCGUUGAGUGGACAAAUCGCUUUGGAUGUGAUGAUUGACCCUCCACAACCCACCCAGCCUUCAUAUGAACUCUACACUCAAGAGAUUCAGUUCAUUAGGCGCACAAUAAGCAACAAUGCCCAGAAGACAUUGGACGUUCUCAGUUGCCUACCUGGGAUCAGCUGUCAGCCAGUGAAUGGAGGAAAUUUUGCCUUCCCACGUCUGCACUUGUCCCAGUCUGCAAUAAAACAUGCCAAGGAGAAGCAGCUGGAGCCGGACUUGCUGUACUGUUUGCAUUUGUUGGAGGAUGAAGGCUUGCGUGUAGGAGCUGGAUGUGAACACGGACAAAAAGAUGGAACAUAUCACAUCAGGAUUUGCCUGGCGGUCCCGGAGGAGAUCAUGAAAGCCGUGCUACAGAGGCUGAAAAGUUUCCACCUCCGCUUCAUCAAAGAGUUUCCCUUAUCAUGAGAAUAAUAUUCUUAUUAAUUACAGAGUAGAUGACUAAAAGUCCAAAAGUUAAGUCAAUAUUAUUGUACACAUUUAGAGCCCUGAAAUAUGCACAUGACCGGGUUGCCAGAUUUUUCUUGAAUUUAGGGUCAGACACUGCUCUGGCUUACUCAAAUUCCAACUGCAUGUGCAAGCUCAUACGACUUCUGAAUAGCAAUCAGGUCUGUAAUUACGUCUGAGAUUUGUAUACGGAUUAAAUCCUCGACUCUGAAUACGGCCAUCGGUUCCUAGCCUUUGAACAGUAGCCUUAGUGAGAAAAUUCACUGCCAGGUUUUACUGUUUUACACACGUUACAUUUUAGUGUAGCAUUAACUAUAAUUAAUGUAAUAAAUCACUUUAUAUAUGCUAAUGAUCACUCUUCAAUCAGAGAAGACUGUAAUUAUUUUAAAUUAAAUGUAAUUAUAUUAAAUUGAAUUACAAAUCUAAGAAACAAACAAAACUGGAAAGUAAAUAAAAAAUUCUUUGACAGCCAA